CUUUUUCUCAUGGACUUGUGUCGCAGACAGGUUGGAUUUGUGUAGAUGUUUUUUUCCAAACCUUUUGCUGACUGUAACAAAGAAGCAUCUCAACUCAUCCCCACACAAGGAAAGACCAUCAGUCCAAUAAUGCAAUGAGACAACUAGUAAAAGCUAGAAGAACUGCUUAGUUCAUUUUCCUGUCUCAUAUAUUGCCUAUUAAAUCCCCCUUUUAACAUGAUUUGCAGCCUCUAACCUUUUGGCUCAUGUUCCAUAAGCUGAUCCUUAUGCUAAUGGAUAUGUCGCCUCCUCUAAAUGAAAUGUUUUAUUAAUGCUGUAAAGUCCAACUUCUCAAGGCGUUUGGGCAGAAGCCCAGUAUUUUCAAUCAGUAUUCAUGUUUAAUACUGUUUACGUGUAUUUUAGAAACUAUGAUCCAAAAGCAUCGCUGGUAUGCGUCUCCUUCCUCUGCCUCCUCUUUGUGUAUCACCACCUCUCCUUUCCUGAGUCCUGGCUGGUUGUCAUGGCCACCGUUACCAAGGAUGAAGAAGAAAGGGAACCUGAACCUGAACCCCGGAUCCUGGUGCCGUGAUAUUUAAUUCAUCGGCACAGAGCUUGAAUGUAACGCACACGAAGCAAGAGCGCUAGUGGGUAAAAGGGAAAUUUCUGAGGGCGAGGACGAAGCGCUGCUGUUGGAUCCUUCUGUCACAAACCGGCUCAGCUUUUUCUAUGAACGUGCUCGUGAUGUUUGCUUCUGCCCCAAAUGUGUGCCACUCGUUAGAAAUGAGGGCAAUCAGUGUAAGCUGUCACCUGGACAUCCUAGAGUCAACGCUCUGGAACCUCAUUCGUGUGAAUCCUCCUCUAAAUAAACACUUGUUCUAGAUCAACAUGAAGUGUAAUUUCCAUUGUAGACUCCCUCCCUUGUCUUUGUUAAAUGAUCCAGCCAGACUCCUCUUCACCCCGAUCCAUCCAUCCCUCUCCCUCCCUCCCUCCCUCCCUCCCUCUUUGUUGUCUCACCCUCCUUUGCCCCCUCUCCCUCCGUCAUCGCCAGGUUUGUUGCUGGGCUUCGUUGUUUGCUGUGUUUUCACUGAGCAGUGGUGCUGAAGUUGGGAGGAAGUGAACUGAUGCUCCGUUCAUGCAGACGUCUGACUAUGUGGCACUGAUUUGUUGUUUAUGCCCCUGCUGGAACCAACCUGAAUCCCUCAGUCUGCGUUGCUACCAGAGAAAAGGCUUGCUGGGGGGGGGGCACAUGAAGUGGCCUCGUCAGAGCUUCGAGCGCCGCCACGGUUCAUUGUCAACAAGGAGACGCUCCAGCUGACGGCGGCGGCUGUGUUCUGCUGCAAAGCUGCUGUUUUCUCACUGGAGAGAGAUUCAAACGCUUUUUCUAGAGGAUCCGUGGAAUAAUAUCACAGAACGUUGUGAUUCAUACAAAGCUGAUCUCUGCUGGAUAUUUGUUCUGUUUGAGUUUGAGGACUAAACAUUGGAUUUCCAUUGACCUGAAGGUAAAAACUACACUGAAAUUUGACUCUGUAACUGAGCAUCACUAUUUUCAAGCAUUGUGUGACAGGAUACACUUAAAGCGGCGUCAGUGGCCUUGAAUCCAGGUAUCAGGUUCUAUCAGUCUGAUCCAUCGGGGUAAGACGACACCGAACCUCGACUGUGACACUGAAAUGCUGCAGCUCAGUGUCUUGGCUUCGCAGAACGUUCAAAAGUGAGGAACUUCUUCCACACAUGCACUAGAAAAACCGGGCCGAGAUCCAUUUUUCCCAGCGGGUCCGGACCGUGACGCCGGAUCAAUCCGAGUUCCGCGGCUGCCACAGGUGACCGCACAGCCAUCGGCCACUCAAUAAUGCAUUGACUCCAACGCAGGAAAGGGAGACGCGAGUGUGCGAGCCUCUGAUCCUUUGUAAAAGCGGAUGAGUCGAGAGAAAGCCGCCAAUUACCUCUGGAGACACCAGCGAACUGGAGACAGGCAGAAGUGAAAGCACUGAGCAGAUGCUGCAGAGAAAAAGAGCGAAGAAAGUGGCAGGCGACAAAUGACACCGGAGCAACGCUCUCGAGAAGCUUGAGCAAGUGGAGACAAGAGGGACGGGCCGAACACAGCAACAGAAGAUCCCUACGAUCAAUAAGUCGAACCCCGAGCGGCAGCCGGUCCUGGUCGUCAUGGUGAACACCGGCAUGCAGCUCAUCAGCUUCACCUGCGCCGUGACGGGCUGGAUCAUGGCCAUCGCCGUCACGGCGCUGCCCCAGUGGAAGGUGUCGGCCUUCAUCGACGGCGCCAUCCUGACCUGGGAGAUCCGGUGGGAGGGCAUCUGGAUGAACUGCGUCUACCAGACCACGGGCCACAUGCAGUGCAAGACGUACGACUCCAUGCUGGCGCUGCCGCCCGACAUCCAGGCGGCGCGCGCCCUCAUGUGCCUGGCCAUCUUCAUGGGCUGGCUCUCCUGCACCGUGUCCUGCUGCGGCAUGAAGUGCACCACCUGCGCCGGCGACGACCGGCGGGCCAAGGCCGGCAUCGCGCUCUUCGGCGGCAUCCUCUUCAUCCUCACGGGCCUGUGCGUGCUCAUCCCCGUCUCCUGGACCGCCAACACCAUCAUCCAGGACUUCUACAACCCCAAGGUGCCCACCAUGCACAAGCGCGAGCUGGGCCAGGCCAUCUACCUGGGCUGGGCCUCCGCGGUCAUCCUGAUGCUGAGCGGAGCCGUGCUGAGCAGCACCUGCCCCCUCAUGGAGAGGAACGGCCGGUACCGCAGAGGGUACAUAGGCCGGAGCUUCGCUAAUUCACCCGUCCUAGUGCCAGACCCUCCCAAGCCCAUCACAACAAGCAGUCUACCGAUGAAGGAGUACGUUUAGGAGGGCGCCCGAGAGCAGCAGCAGGCGAACUAUCACUUCUACAAAUGCAUCUUUGGUCUCUUCUAUCUCAAAGUCUGAAAACUGAAAUUUAUAUAUUUAUAUUUUCAACCUCUAUUUUGACUAUUUGAGUUCAAUUUUAGUUUAGUACAUAGAGUGUUUGUCUGGAUUUUGGGUUUUACUGCUCCUUGAUUUACAACGGUCUGAAGAAAGCACGCUGCGUUUUACUCAAACGAGAGGCUUUUAUGAUGGCUCGUGUUCCAAAGGUUGCAGUCUUUGUCUUGUUGUGUUGGUUGUUUGUCAAAAAUAAAUCAGGUCACUGACUGUAACUGUGA